UGCACAGGUUCCCGACUCUCCAAUUCACUCUCUGCUUCCCUAAUUGGACACUCGUGACUGCUGAGUCAAAAUGGCUCAAAAACCUCUCAGCGAUGAUGAGAAAUUCCUCUUUGUGGACAAAAACUUCAUUAACAACCCACUCGCCCAGGCUGACUGGUCAGCAAAGAAACUGGUUUGGGUUCCAUCYGAGAAACAUGGAUUUGAAGCUGCAAGUAUCAAGGAAGAGAAAGGGGAUGAGGUGACAGUUGAACUGGCAGAAAAUGGAAAGAAAGUGACACUGAGCAAGGAUGACAUCCAGAAGAUGAACCCUCCCAAGUUCUCUAAGGUGGAGGACAUGGCGGAGCUGACUUGCCUCAAUGAAGCUUCAGUGCUGCACAAUCUGCGGGAGAGAUACUUCUCAGGUUUAAUUUAUACAUAUUCAGGUCUCUUCUGUGUUGUGAUAAAUCCAUACAAACAGCUGCCCAUUUAUUCAGAGAAGAUUAUUGACAUGUACAAAGGAAAGAAGAGGCACGAGAUGCCACCCCAUAUCUACGCUAUCGCAGACACGGCCUACAGGAGCAUGCUGCAAGAUCGAGAAGACCAGUCUAUUCUGUGCACAGGUGAAUCUGGUGCUGGCAAGACAGAAAAUACCAAAAAGGUCAUUCAGUAUCUGGCUUUCGUUGCUUCAUCACAUAAGGGCAAAAAGGACACCAGCGUCACAGGCGAGCUGGAAAAACAGCUUCUACAGGCAAACCCUAUUCUUGAAGCUUUUGGAAAUGCCAAAACUGUGAAGAAUGACAACUCCUCCAGAUUCGGUAAAUUCAUCCGCAUCAACUUCGAUGUAACGGGCUACAUUGUCGGAGCGAACAUAGAGACUUAUUUGCUUGAAAAAUCCCGUGCUAUUCGUCAGGCUAAAGAUGAGCGAACAUUUCAUAUCUUUUACUAUUUGAUUGCUGGAGCUUCUGAACAAAUGAAAAAUGACCUGCUGCUGGAAAAUUUCAACAAUUACACCUUUCUAUCUAAUGGCUAUGUGCCUAUCCCUGCUCAACAAGAUGAUGAGAUGUUCCAGGAGACCUUGGAAGCCAUGAAAAUUAUGGGCUUUAGUGAUGAAGAACAGACAUCUAUACUGAGGGUUGUUUCAUCUGUCCUACAGCUGGGUAAUAUUGUCUUCAAGAAGGAGAGAAACACUGAUCAAGCUUCUAUGCCAGACAAUACUGCUGCACAAAAAGUGUGUCACCUGAUGGGGAUUAACGUGACAGAUUUCACAAGGGCUAUUCUAACCCCAAGGAUCAAAGUGGGGCGAGAUGUUGUGCAGAAAGCUCAGACCAAAGAGCAGGCUGACUUUGCUAUAGAGGCUUUGGCCAAGGCAAAAUUUGAACGUCUGUUCCGCUGGAUUCUGACUCGUGUAAACAAAGCUCUAGAUAAAACAAAAAGACAAGGUGCUUCCUUCUUGGGGAUCCUUGAUAUUGCUGGAUUUGAGAUUUUCGAGGUCAAUUCAUUUGAGCAGCUGUGUAUCAACUAUACUAAUGAGAAACUUCAGCAGCUUUUCAACCACACAAUGUUUAUAUUGGAGCAAGAGGAAUACCAGCGUGAGGGCAUCGAAUGGAACUUCAUUGACUUUGGCCUUGACCUGCAACCUUGCAUUGAGCUGAUUGAAAGACCAACCAACCCUCCUGGCGUUCUGGCUCUGUUGGAUGAAGAGUGCUGGUUCCCCAAAGCUACUGACACAUCUUUUGUGGAUAAACUAUGUCAAGAACAAGGCAAUCAUCCCAAAUUCCAGAGGACCAAGCAACUUAAAGAUAAAACUGAGUUCUCUAUAAUUCACUACGCAGGAAAGGUUAACUACAACGCAACGGCCUGGCUAACAAAGAACAUGGAUCCACUAAAUGACAACGUGACUUCUCUGCUGAACCAGUCUUCAGACAAAUUUGUGGCAGACCUUUGGAAAGAUGUGGACCGUAUAGUUGGGCUGGACCAGAUGGCCAAGAUGACUGAAAGCUCACUUCCCAGUUCUUCAAAAACCAAGAAAGGCAUGUUCCGUACUGUUGGCCAACUCUAUAAGGAACAGCUGACCAAAUUGAUGACCACCCUAAGGAAUACCAAUCCCAACUUUGUUCGCUGUAUCAUUCCAAAUCACGAGAAAAGGGCUGGCAAGCUUGAUGCCCACUUAGUACUGGAGCAGUUGCGCUGCAAUGGUGUCCUGGAAGGCAUUCGGAUCUGCCGUCAGGGCUUCCCCAACAGAAUUGUCUUCCAGGAGUUCCGCCAGCGAUAUGAAAUUCUUGCUGCAAAUGCUAUUCCUAAAGGAUUCAUGGAUGGGAAGCAGGCUUGCAUACUGAUGAUCAAAGCAUUAGAACUUGAUCCCAACUUGUACAGAAUUGGACAGAGUAAAAUCUUCUUCAGAACCGGUGUCCUGGCUCAUCUGGAAGAAGAGAGAGACCUGAAGAUCACAGAUGUUAUUAUUGCUUUCCAGGCUCAAUGCCGAGGCUAUCUGGCAAGAAAAGCAUUUGCCAAGAGACAACAGCAGCUCACUGCAAUGAAGGUUAUCCAGAGAAACUGUGCUGCUUACCUGAAGCUGAGGAACUGGCAAUGGUGGAGACUGUUCACUAAAGUGAAACCACUGCUGCAAGUCACUCGCCAAGAAGAAGAAAUGCAGGCCAAGGAUGAAGAACUGCAGAGAACUAAGGAAAGACAACAAAAAGCAGAGACUGAAUUGAAGGAGCUGGAACAGAAACACAGCCAGCUUUGUGAAGAGAAGAACCUCCUUCAAGAGCAGCUUCAAGCAGAAACUGAACUGUAUGCUGAAGCUGAAGAGAUGAGAGUCCGUUUAGCUGCUAAGAAACAAGAGCUGGAAGAGAUUCUGCAUGAAAUGGAAGCCAGAAUUGAGGAAGAGGAAGAACGUAGCCAACAGCUGCAAGCAGAAAAGAAAAAGAUGCAACAACAAAUGCUGGACCUUGAAGAACAGCUGGAAGAAGAAGAAGCUGCAAGACAAAAACUGCAACUUGAAAAAGUAACAGCAGAUGGCAAGAUAAAGAAAAUGGAAGAUGAUAUUCUCAUAAUGGAAGACCAGAAUAACAAGCUAACCAAGGAAAGAAAACUCCUUGAGGAAAGAGUAAGUGAUCUAACAACAAAUCUCGCAGAGGAGGAAGAAAAAGCCAAAAAUCUUACAAAGCUGAAAAAUAAACAUGAAUCUAUGAUUUCAGAACUGGAAGUGAGACUAAAGAAAGAAGAGAAGAGCAGACAAGAACUGGAGAAAAUGAAAAGGAAAUUGGAAGGGGAUUCGAGUGAUCUGCAUGAGCAAAUUGCAGACCUCCAGGCGCAGAUUGCUGAGUUGAAGAUGCAACUGGCCAAGAAGGAAGAAGAGCUGCAAGCUGCUCUAGCUAGRCUUGAAGAUGAAACUGGUCAGAAAAACAAUGCCCUCAAGAAGAUCCGUGAAUUGGAAGCUCAUAUCUCUGAUCUCCAGGAAGACUUGGAGUCUGAGAGAGCUGCAAGAAACAAAGCAGAGAAACAGAAGAGAGACCUCGGUGAAGAGUUGGAGGCUCUUAAGACAGAACUUGAAGAUACUCUGGAUACCACAGCCACUCAGCAAGAGCUCAGAGCAAAGCGUGAACAGGAAGUCACAGUGCUGAAGAGAGCUCUGGAGGAGGAGACUCGAACUCAUGAAGCCCAAGUCCAGGAGAUGAGGCAAAAACACACUCAGGCUGUAGAAGAACUAACAGAGCAGCUGGAGCAAUUUAAACGGGCUAAAGCAAACUUGGAUAAGACCAAACAGACACUGGAGAAAGACAAUGCUGAGUUGGCUAGUGAAAUCAGGAGCCUGAGUCAGGCCAAACAAGAGGUGGAGCACAAAAAGAAGAAGCUGGAAGUACAGCUGCAAGACUUGCAGUCCAAGUAUACUGAUGGAGAACGUGUUCGGACAGAACUCAACGAAAAAGUUCAUAAAUUACAGGUUGAGGUUGAAAACGUUACUGGUUUGCUCAAUGAAGCAGAAAGCAAGACAAUCAAACUGACCAAAGAUGUUGCAACCUUAGGAUCCCAGCUGCAAGAUACACAGGAGCUGCUUCAGGAAGAGACACGACAGAAGCUAAACGUGUCUACCAAGCUUCGUCAGUUGGAAGAUGAGAAGAACAGCUUGCAGGAGCAGUUGGACGAAGAAGUGGAAGCAAAACAAAAUCUGGAGAGACAUAUUUCAACACUGACAAUACAGCUGUCUGACUCUAAGAAGAAACUACAAGAAUUUGUCAUCACAGUAGAAACAUUGGAAGAAGGUAAAAAGAAAUUCCAGAAAGAAAUUGAGAGUCUCACACAACAGUAUGAAGAAAAGGCUGCUUCUUAUGACAAACUGGAAAAAACAAAGAACAGACUCCAGCAGGAGCUGGAUGACCUGGUGGUAGACUUAGACAACCAACGUCAGCUGGUCUCUAAUCUGGAGAAGAAGCAGAAGAAAUUUGAUCAGAUGCUAGCCGAAGAGAAAAACAUUUCCUCCAAAUAUGCAGAUGAAAGGGACAGAGCAGAAGCUGAAGCUAGAGAAAAAGAAACAAAGGCUUUGUCAUUGGCUCGGGCACUUGAAGAGGCUUUGGAAGCCAAAGAAGAACUGGAGAGAACAAACAAAAUGUUGAAAGCUGAAAUGGAAGAUCUUGUUAGCUCCAAAGAUGAUGUUGGCAAGAACGUCCACGAAUUGGAGAAGUCCAAACGUGCCUUUGAACAGCAAGUAGAAGAGAUGAAGACACAAUUAGAAGAGCUGGAAGAUGAGUUACAGGCUACUGAAGAUGCCAAACUCAGGUUGGAGGUUAACAUGCAAGCCAUGAAAGUACAGUUUGAGAGAGACUUGCAAGCCAGAGAUGAACAGAAUGAGGAGAAGAAACGACAACUGCUUAAACAGCUCCAUGAGUAUGAAACAGAACUGGAAGAUGAGAGGAAGCAACGUGCCCUGGCAGCUGCAGCCAAAAAGAAGUUGGAAAUUGAUGUCAAAGAUCUAGAAGGUCAAGCUGAUUCUGCUAAUAAAGCUCGGGAGGAAGCCAUUAAACAACUUCGCAAACUGCAAGCUCAGAUGAAGGAUUACCAGCGGGAGCUGGAUGAUGCACGGGCUGCCAGAGAAGAAAUAUUUGCUACAGCAAGAGAAAAUGAGAAGAAAGCCAAGAGCCUGGAAGCAGAACUCAUUCAGCUUCAAGAGGAUCUGGCUGCUGCAGAGAGAGCUCGCAAACAAGCUGACCUGGAGAAAGAAGAGAUGGCAGAGGAACUUGCAAGUGCUUCUUCUGGAAGGACAAGCCUUCAGGAUGAGAAACGGCGCCUGGAGGCAAGAAUUGCACAACUGGAGGAGGAGUUAGARGAGGAACAGAGCAACAUGGAAGCCAUGGGCGAUCGCAUGAGGAAAUCAGUACAGCAGGCUGAGCAGCUGAACAACGAGCUAGCAACAGAGCGCGCCACUGCCCAGAAGAAUGAAAGUGCCCGGCAGCAACUGGAGAGGCAGAACAAAGAGCUGAAGAGCAAACUGCAGGAGAUGGAGGGAGCUGUGAAGUCCAAAUUCAAAGCCACAAUUGCUGCUCUGGAGGCCAAAAUUGCUUCUCUUGAAGAACAGUUGGAACAGGAAGCCAGAGAGAAGCAAGUUGCAGCCAAGACGUUACGCCAGAAGGACAAGAAGCUGAAGGACGCACUGCUGCAGGUGGAGGAUGAAAGAAAGCAGGCGGAGCAGUACAAAGAACAGGCGGAGAAGGGCAACACACGACUCAAGCAACUGAAAAGGCAGUUGGAGGAGGCUGAGGAAGAGUCCCAGCGUAUCAACGCCAACCGCAGGAAGCUGCAGAGAGAGCUGGAUGAAGCGACUGAGAGUAACGAAGCCCUGGGCCGCGAGGUUGCGUCGCUGAAGAGCAAGCUCAGGAGGGGAAAUGAGCCUACAUCUUUUGCCCCACCCCGUCGAUCUGGAGGCAGAAGAACGAUUGAGAAUGCAACAGAAGGAGCUGAAGAAGUCGACGCGAGAGAUGGAGAUUUCAAUGGAACAAAAGCCAGUGAAUAAACAACACGCUUAGAAAUUGCACUGCAGAAAGGGGAGGGAGGAUGGUAUUUAGCACUGUAUAAGUCUACUCUUAGUGUCAAGAUCACACACACCCACUCCUCUGAUGAUAAAAAGCACAGCUGCCUUCUCUCCAAUGUAUAGRAUGAAGUAUGACAAAACUUAUUUUAUGAAGUGUAUCUGAAAAGUUUUUUUAAUUCA